AUGACUUUCCUUAAAACAGAUAGAAAAUUAAAUGGAAGAAGUAUCUUGGAAUUUACAUCUGUAGGAAGAACAUGUAGAUUUAUAGUUUUAUUUCAGAAUGAGAAUCACGAUUUAAAUAAUAAUGAUGAACAACAGAGAGAGAUCGUAUCAAUGAGAAAUAUUAAUAGUCGUAAUAAUGUAAUUGUAAUACCAGAGAAUGUAGAUCCUCACUAUCAUUUAAUAAUUAUAAAAUUACAUUCACUCCAAGAUUCUAUAUCUAUAUGCACACUUCAAUUAAAUAAAUCACAAUCAUACACAAUCAAUAAUACAGAAAGUCUAUUCAAACACAAUGUUGACUAUUUCAAACAAACACAUAUCAUUAAUAACAAACGAUAUCAUUCAAUAUCAAAAUUCCUAAACAGCCUCAAUGAAGUAUACUUAGUGUGUGAUAUUGAUAAAAGAAUGAUAAACUAUAAAGCUAAAGAAAAAGAAACAGAGAAAAAAACCGAAAAACAAACAGUGGAGGAAACAGAUAAAGUUAAAGAAAAAGAUGAUAAAAAUUAUAUAAGAGCAUUGAAUGAAAUCAAAGCAAUGGAAUUACUCAAAGGUAAUGUAAAAUUUGUUCAGCUUUUUGACUAUCAUGAUGAUACACACAAUCAAAUAUUUCAUAUCAUUACAAAAUAUUGUCUUGGUGGUGAUCUUGACCAAGAGUAUAAAUAUUUGGCUGAUCAUGACCAAAUAUUUACAGAAUCAAAUAUUAGAGAAUAUAUUUCACAACUUUUCAAUAUUCUUUUGGAUCUUGAUAGGCUUGGAAUUGUUCAUUGUGAUAUCAAACCAUCAAAUAUAUUCAUUGAUGGUUGGAGUUUGAUACUUGGUGAUUUUGGAUGUUGUAAAUUCAUUGAUAAAUCAACAAUCACUCAAGAUCGAGAUACAAACGUAGAAAUUCCUGAUAUAAGUGAGUUAAAGAUCAAAAAUGAAGUAACAGAUCCAACCAUUUUUGAUUUAAAUCCAAGCACACUUGAAAAAGCAACUCGUGGAACAUUUGGUUAUAUUUCACCAGAAGCAAAGAGGAGAGAAUAUGCUCCAUCGUGUGACAUCUUUUCAAUUGGAUCAACGAUUCUCAGAUUAUUAUGUUGUCAUCAAGAAGAUAGUAGUUAUCAUCAACUAUUCAAAUCUACCGGUGAAAUUAUCAUUUCAGAAUGCAGAUAUUCACAACAAUUGAUUGACUUUAUUAAUCGAUUGUUGGAGCCGAGUCCAAAGAAUAGAGAAUCAUUGCAACAAUUAUUGCAACAGUAUAUUGAAACUAUAACCGAAAAUCAUUCAAUUACUUUCAAUGUGAAUACUACAUUCAUAAACAACUCAACCAAUAUCACUGAAUUAAAAUUUGGUGACGAAUUUAAUCGACCAUUGGAACCUAAUUCACUCCCUCCAAAUCUGAAAUCAUUAUCAUUUGGAUUAAAUUUCAAUCAACAAAUACAUAUAGGUGUACUUCCACAUUCACUCUUACAUUUAACAUUUGGUAAGGGUUUCAAUCAAAAACUAGUUCGAGGAACACUAUCAAAUUCUCUUUUAUCAUUGGUGUUGGGAAAUGGAUUCAAUGAAAAACUAUCAAAAGGAGUGUUACCUCAAUCGCUAAUGUCAUUAACAAUGCUUGGCUACAAUCAACGACUAGAGAUAGAAGAUCUACCACACAAUCUUGAAAUGUUACAUUUUGGAUCGUUUAAUCGGUAUUUGGAUAGUGGAGUAUUACCACAAUCUCUUCGAGAUUUACAAUUAAACUCUUAUAGUCAUAUGAUUGGUAUUGAUGUUCUUCCAUCUUCACUUCAAAGAAUAAUACUACAUGAUAGUUCCCAACUUUCUGCUUGCAAUUUCGAUAACUUUAAUGAUCAAAUGCAGAUUUCAGAUGAUGAUAUUAAAAACAAAAGAAUACCUUUACCAAAAUCAAUGGAAUCACUUGUUAUUGGUGGAUAUUAUAAUCACAAGAGUGAAAAUAGUAAAUCCCUCAAAAUUGAUAUUCAACAUAAAUAUAUAUAUGAAGCAUCGUUGCUAUCAUGUUCGAAUUCAUCUAGAGGAGAAUAUAUCACCUCUCUACUUUUAAAACGAAGCUAUAAAAACUAA